UGAAAAUAAUGAAGCUUUUACAAGCUCUUCUUAUCGCAGUGGCUUGUGGGCUAUGCCUGGCGGCCACCAACACGGAAUUGGAAGCCAAAGCCUAUGUCGCCAAGGCCAGUGAACGUUUCUACAAUCUCUAUGACAAAAUUACCGCCGAGGUAUUUACCAUGGACGAUGAUGACGAUAUGAAUGCUGCCCUCAGCAAAUUGUCGACCAUUAAAGAAAUUGCCAAGGAAUUGGUAGAAAUUUCCGAAGAAUCGGGUGAAUUUGAUCAAAGUCAAAUUAACGACCCUCAGCUGAAGAGAGCCCUGACCAAUUUGAAGGAAGUUGGUUCACUCUUUGUGUUGGGUGAUGAUUAUUUUGAAUCAAUUGCUGUGGCCCUGCAAGCGUUGCAAAGUUUGGUGUCCGAUAAGGAUAUUGAACCCUAUAUGGGUGGUAUUAAUAUGCCAAAUCAAGAUGAUAGUCCAAUUGCUUAUUAUCCGGAUAUACAAAAAGUUUUCGCCACCAGUAGCAAUGCUGAGGAAUUGAAAUACUAUUGGGAAGCUUUUAGAGAGAAGAACACUGUGUGGGCUUCGGUGAAUUUCUAUACGAUUAUUGAGGCUAUGCAAAAGGCGGCUAAUAUUUUGGAUCGCCCCGUUUUGGAUAUGUAUUACUCAAAUUACGAUACCGAGAAAUUCCUUAAAGAAAUGGACAAGGUUAUGGAUGAGCUAAAACCCACCUAUCAACAGCUACAUGCCUUUAUUCGCCAGGAAUUGUAUAAAAAAUACGGCGAUGAAAUUGUUGACCCAUACGGCCCGAUACCAGAUCAUUUGUUCGAACAAGUCCUAGCGCAAGCCUGGAAAGAGGGCAGUGUCAUUGAACCCUACUUCCCCUUCAAAGAGUUACCCUCCUAUGAUGGAUUCGUGAAGGAUUUCACUAGCCGCCAGAUGCUUAACACUGCCCAGGAUUUCUACAAGUCGUUGGGUUUCUCCGACUUAGAUGAAGAUUUCCUCAACAAUCGUCUUAAGGAACAAGAUGAAUCGGAAAGUACCAAUGGCUGCAGGGCUACCAUUGUUGACACAACACCCAAAGUUUUUAUGGAAUAUUGUCAAAAGGUAGACUUUAAGAAAUUCAUGCAAAUGCAUGGUUAUGUCGGACGCAUUCAAUAUGCCGCCGAGAAGAAACAUUUGCCUUCGUACUUCUUCAAUGCCUAUGAUUUGGAAUAUCCUGUUGGAGAAGCUGUUAUUCUAUCGGCCAGUGCUCCCAAACAUUUGCAAACUAUUGGUUUGGCUAAGCCACAUGAUUUCACUGAAAAGGCCCUCACCAAUCGCCUGUUCCGCAUGGGUAUCCAUACCAUACUCAAUAUUCCCAUCUUUUAUGUCCAUAGUAAAAUUGUCAAUGAAUUGCUGAACGGUACCGUUGAUAUGGAAGGUGUUAACAGACGUUAUUGGAAACUUAUGGAAGAAUAUGCUGGCGUUGAACCACCCUCCGAUCGUGAAGAAGGUUCAAUUGAUUUCCCCUACAAAUUCUAUUUUGAGAUUGAAGAAAACCACCAAACCAAGAAAUUUGUUUCGGAAAUUCUAGGUUAUCAAUUCUACAAAGCUUUGUGCCAAAAAUCAGGUCAAACAGGUCAAUUGCACAAUUGUGAUUUCUAUGGCAACAAAGAAGUGGGCAAUGUUAUGAAAUCUAUGAUGAAAUUAGGUUCCACUAAACCUUGGAAAGAAGUUAUAUCAAAAAUAUUGACCGAUAAACCAUCAUUGUGUGCUGAGCCCUUAAUGGAAUACUAUACACCAAUUGUUGAUUGGUUGAAGGCCAUUAAUAAGCAGAAUAGAGUUAAGAUUGGCUGGAAUGAAAGCCGACUUAGUAAGUUUAUUUUAAAAAAGGUCCUUUAA